CACCCCUCCACCCUUGGGCCCCAGCAGAUAAAGGCGGAGGAGCCCACCUCCCCGCCAACGCUGCGCGCCUGCCCACCAUGUCCCGGCUCCGUGCGCCGCUCGCCUGGGCCCUCCUCGCCCUCCUGGGACUCGCGGCGGCGCAGGAAGGAAACCAGACGUGCUGCGGCCCCAUCGUGCCGCGGAGGGAGUGGAACGCACUGCCUUCCGUGUGCCAGACGAAACUGUCCCUGCCGGUGGACUACGUGGUGGUGUCGCACACGGCGGGCAGCCACUGCGACACCCCGGCGCUGUGCGGGCAGCAGGCCCAGAACGUGCAGCACUACCACGCGCAGACGCUGGAGUUCUGCGACGUGGCCUACAACUUCCUGAUCGGAGAAGACGGGCUUGUGUACGAGGGCCGGGGCUGGGAGCUCAAGGGUGACCACGCAAGUCGCUGGAACACCAAAGCCAUCGGCAUCACCUUUAUGGGCAACUUCAUGGAGCGGUCGCCCGCGCCCCGGGCCCUCCGGGCAGCCCAGAGUCUGAUAGCUUGCGGAGUGGCUCUGAACGUUCUGUCCGAUGACUACGUGCUCAAAGGGCACCGGGACGUGCAGCGGACCCUGUCUCCAGGCGAUCGGCUGUAUGAAAUCAUCCGCCAGUGGCCACACUACCAGAUGUGAGGCCCUCUCUCCAUGCCCCGCCCCCCACGUGGGAACCCCAGGGCCUCCCCUCCAAUAAAGGCGCCGCUCAA